UUCUGUGAAUUUUCACCUGCAUAUCACGAUUGCACGAUUGAUCAUUAUAGGGAAUCGCCAGUCGCAAUCGAUGAAAAUUUUACAUAAAUAUAACGUUCAUUUGAUAAUUUAAGAGCCUUUUUAUCGAAUUAUCAGUCCAAGAGGGCUGCAAUCAGAGAGAUGAUGAGAAAUAUCGCGUUUUCGGGCUUGCAUAAUGUCAAUGAAAAUAGAAUGGUCAAUCACCAGGAAAUAACUCUUAUCCAGAAGGCAACUUACGUAAUAUCUCUCAAUUCUGAGCAGUUCAGAUGAGAUGACUCAUCGUCGUAAUACCCUCUAGUGGAGUCCCUCUGCACGCUUUAUUCAUGUCAUGGUUGCGGCAUAUUUACGAUAUUGAUUAUAAGUGUGUUAAUGGGGACGAUUGAACCCACUGUUAAAAUAUUAGUGGAAUGGAUGUUUUUUUAGAACAAGUUCUUUUAUUUUUUUCUGAAAAGACACAAAAUUUUUCGAGUUUUGUUCUUUAAAAUAUCUUCUAAUUGUCAAAAAUCAGCCAAUUAUUUCUUAUUUUUAUAGUUCGUUUCUUUUAUGUCUCUUCAACUAUUCUAGGAAAAUUAAUCUCAAUAAUAAAAAUUCGGAGUUAUGACAAGGGAUAUAUUCACCCUCUAAUUACAAAUCCAAGCAGAUUAGGGAAGAUUCAUUUUAAUUCUGUUGGGGAGAAAUUUCUUAAAUUCAAUUUUUUCGGACAGUCUAGCAAUUUAGUGGCGUAUGUUAGUUUUGGCUCAAAAAUAAAUCAAAAAUACGAAAUAAUUCAGUUAGCAAUUUUGCCAUUUUUUUUUCAUGUUUUGUUAAUUAUGUAUCUAUCUAUCUAGGCAAUCGCAGACAAUACUUUAGUGCACGGUUAUUAUUCACCUCUCGAUCUUACACUGUCACAUUUAGAGACAACUUCCCUGACCAUAAUCGUCAAGUAUAAGCGCUCGUCGAGCCGCAUAAUUUUUUUCCGGUGACGCGCAAGUCACUGGUGACUCACCGGGCACGUCCACUCGUUAUUUUUUUUUUUUUGUUUGAAAGGAAAAAUACAUAAAUAAGUAUUUCCAAGGUAUUAAGAAAAUCCCCGAUGAGCAUGCGUAUGUAAACAAAUGGACAAAUCCAAUCCAGUUUAAUGUUAGAUCGCCGAUUUCAGGCCUUUCGCUCAUCUUAUUGCGCAUGUUCAAUUAAUUUAUGCUGUGGCUAUUCAAUUCAUGUCCUCUAUUAUAUUAAUAUCAGCACUUUCGGUGACCGCAAAUUGUUCUGCACACGCAUAGGCACCACAUACCAUUCCCUUUGUAAAUCAUAACACGGUGCGUAUGUGCAUCCCAUGCUGUAGGUGGGCAUUCGAGCACGUAAUACAGAUUUCUAAAUACUCCGUUACGUACAUCCGUUCGCAUCCUCAAUGGUGGUUAUCACACCCUUAAUAACAAUCUCGCAUCUCCGGUGAUCCAGUACUGUGUGUACCGUUCCAAUGGCUGUUAAUCUUUACAGUUUUUUUAAAUGGCAACACCGCGGCGCCCAAUAACAUUGACGAUUGCAAAAUUCGUUAUACUUCACGAGAACAUAUUUUUCUGCGAAAGAUUCAUUUUUUCCACUCGAGUAUUGGGAAUGGUACAUGAAUACAUAGUCUAGCGGGUAAAUAGCCAGGGUGGAAAUCCCAGGAGUAAUAAUAGUAAUGCCUUUGACUGCUGAUCAAAAUGAAAGACUAAAAAGUUCUGAAUUUUUAAUUUAAAACGUUAGGAAUAAUAAGCAAGGUAUUCCCUUGUAGUCCAACAAACGCGGUACAAGGGACUGGGGUAAGAGGAACAUCGUAAAACGUCCAGAGAGUACACAAAAGAAAAAAUUAAAUUUUUAUUAAACUAUUAAAAUUAAAUUUAACUUCUACUAAAAACAUAAAUUCUCUGAAAUCCCACAUCAAUCGUAAAAACUCACCAUUAUUUUUGCCUUAAGUGGAAUUCAAUGUCGUUUCUAUGAAGAAUAUUGUUGGGUUGUCCAUGAAAUUUUAAUUUUUCCUGCCGGUGACGGAUUUAUUUGUUAUCAGCAAGCCUCGAUAACUAUUAAAAAAUUUCAUGGUUGAAUAGAAAUAAGUGAAAAUUUUAUCGUCGUUGACGAAUCGACCUUUGUCAACUAGUUUAUUCGUUAAAUGUUCCUCAAAAAUAUUGAUUUACUGAUAAUAAAUAAACCCGUUUAACAGUGAUAGUUAUUGCGCAGCGACGUGUGGUAUUGGGGAAUUUUUUAACGAAACUUGGAUAGAUAGUGCAAUAACUAGUAGAAAUUACGACAAGUAAAAUGAACUGUCUUUAUUCGUCGAUAUUUCGAGAACACCCGAGUGAAAUUGGCCAAUAUUUUUUAUUGUCGAGGUAUUUUUGAAGACUUCAAAAUAAAAUGUGAUUCCUACAAAUUGCAUCAUCCCAUCAGGAUAUUGACAAUCGGGAGCAGUACCUUUCAAUCCACUUUUCUCUUUCCAUAAGUUUACAUUUCUUAAAUCUUGCUAUAUUAUUCUACUUCGCUUUUAUCCAAAAUUUGCGCAAUUUACAGAUGAAUCGUAAAUGCAAAUAGAAAUUCUCACUUUAUUCCAUCGUAUUAAUAUCAGGGCGGGCGAAAACCAGUUAGGUUUUCCUUUUAAAAUUUUUUUACAUAUAUUUCCAAAAUUAAUUAUCGAAAGUUUGAUUUGAGAAAUUGUAUUCAUACUCGUAUAUCUAAACCGGAUCGGGUGCACACGCAUGAAAAUUCACGACCUAUAUUUCUCGGACUACUUCUCAUCGCUGAGUACUACUAGUAACGAUGAAAAUUUGGUUUUCAAAAUCUACGCACCUGUAAAAAUAUUUUCUACGGAAUAUUUUCACACAAGAACGAACGAAUAAAGUAUUCUGAGUGAAGAAUAAACAAGAAAGGCGGUUAUCGGGUCUAGUAAAGAAAAAGUAGUGGCGGAUUAAUGUGAUAACAAUCCUUGUCAUCGGUUCGGAUAAAAACCCAGAUAGUACUUCUAUCACUUGAGAACAUAAUGCACGAUUUUUACCCUCAGGGGAUGCGCUUGUUACCCUCGAAAGGUUAAAAUUACACUUUUCCCACAAUUUUCAAACAUUAUUUUUCAUCGCAAGCUAUUCCCAAUGUAAUUUUCAUCCAAACGUUCCUAUCAGUCACUAGACAAAUUUUGAAAAUUUGAAAACCCAUCGUAGUCCUAAAUUUAUAAUCCCUCCAAAAUUUAUAACAUCUAUAAAAUUCCAAUAAUCUUCAAAUAUUCGAUACCAGAAUUGGACUCUCAUCGUAACUCCUGACUUAUGAUUUUUUUUAAUCCCUCAUUACUCACAGAGAUUACAGUGAUUUCAAAACAAAAAAUUUCUUUUCUCAGUACAGCAUUAUUUAAAAUUCAGAAUUGAAAUUGUUUAUACAUGAGAAUCACUCUGAAGGAUACACGAUAAGAUUGACUAGCUUUCCAUGUACCUGGAAGACUGUUAAUUUUCAUGAAAACGAGCCGUCAUCGCCAUCACCAAUACAUUGUCAGUAACGUAGGCGAAGGUAUUACGAUUUAAACCUGUGGUGGGGGAGACACUUGCCCCACCUCCCACACUGUACCCAAGUGUUUGACAGUUCCAUUACCGUAUCACACCUAACGGCAGCGUCUAGUUCAUCGCGAAUAGUUUAUAUUCGUCCAUCGACGUGUGUGGUGACCAGUAAGGUCCGAUGGAUACAGUACUGUAUCUAUAAAAUUCAGGAUUCACGAGGAAAACCCACCGUAAUCAAUCAACUAAAACUCCACAAUCAAUCGAAAAUAUCGAUACGGAAUGAGUCGAGAAAGCGUUGGAUAAAAAAAUUCCAAAAAAACAUUAAACAAUUAGUGGUGAGUGUUGUGUGUCACGGGAGACAAAUAAGAAAGUGAAAUCAUGUUCAGUGUGACAAUGGUGGAGCCACGAGAAAGGCUAGUUGCGUGUACAUCUCAAACGCACCAUCAGAAUAAUUGUCAUCGCCAUCACUAUCACCACGUUGUCAAGACAACUAGAAUACAUCAGAGCUCAAGGAGUAACAGAGUUGUAACUGUGCAGGAGAAAGUGAUAAGAUCACGUCUGCAGCUUGGAUAUUCAACACCAACAAGCUUCAUUAAUCGUUUCCCCCAGAAGAUGGACCGUCAGAACCACAACGUCAGCUUGGGUCAGAACCAUGGAGGCAGUACACACGGGGUUUACUCAUCUGGAAGUCAGACUUCUCUGUCAGCCUCCUACAUAACAGGCCAGUCAUAUAUACAGGGUCAAAAUUAUGCAGCAUAUCCACCGGCGCAGACAGUGCAAAUUUACCCACACGCGUAUAACCAACCACAGAGUUAUGGCACAAUGGUACAAGCUUACGGUGGACAACCCCAAUCAGGUUACCAACAGGCACAUCAUAAAAAAGGAACAAUUAGGAAUGGGGAUGUCCACAAGCGUUGUAGGCUUCAAACUGCCAGCUACGAGCUCUCCCAGGAUCUCCUUGACAAGCAGAUCGAGAUGCUCGAACGGAAGUACGGAGGUGUUAAAGCAAGAAAUGCAGCGCUCACUAUUCAACGUGCAUUCAGAAGGUACACAUUACUGAAGAAAUUUGCUGCAAUAACAGCAAUGGCCAAAGCGGAAAAACGGUUAAGUAGAACGAUCCAAGAGAGUGCUGACCGGCCGGGUGACCACGACAGGAUGGUGUACCACAAUCAAGUUUACAUUCAACAAUCACCGCAGUCAGCUAAUCGGCCUAUGCCCAUAAGAAGUAUGUCACUGAGAGAGAGAAGACAUGUUGAAAAUUCAGGAAUGCCAAGGAGCCUGAGUGGCAGAUGUGAGGUGCAAGUUAUGGGCCAUCAAGUUAAUGCUGGACAUCAACAUCCAGGGUAUAAUCUACAUCAGAGUGGGAGGCAUACACCAUCACUAACACCGAGCCCAUGCGCUAGACAUCAACCACCACCUAGUCCUUGCUGGGAUACUAGUUCGCAAGAGAGUGGCUCAAGCAUUCACUAUUACAAUCCUCAGGAAACUCUAUGCGGACUUCGUCAAGAAACUCCACCUCGUGAUCUCCACCGCACUCCCUGCACAUCCCCUUCAACCCCUCACAAUCUUCAAGCCCCGUUAACACACAGUUGGGGCAACAGUUCGCAAUUAGGUUCCGGUGGGCGUUCACGGGGAUCCACAAAGAAGGUGCCUCCCGAAGUACCUAAGAGAACGACAUCAAUAACCUCGAGAUCGAUGGAGCAACGCCACAAUGGUCUGAGUAAAAGCGUUGAAAAUGGAAGUUUGAGUUCUGUACAAAGUUCUGGUAGUGAUUCGACCAAUUGCGAGAGUUCAGAGGGUGACGUCCAGCGUGGUUCGCCAAUCUGGAAGCAUAAAGGGAUCUCCAGUUCACCUGAACACCAGGAAUGUCACACGACAGAAAACACAAGUUUAAUCAAUAGUGGAAAGGAUCUGAGCAAUUCCCACGCUGGAUCUGGCUAUCAAUUACCCAUGAUCGAUCAUACGGAGACUAUUCCGCAGACAAGUUACAAAGUCUCUGAAACGGUGCGAAAGCGCCAGUACCGUGUUGGUCUGAAUUUAUUCAAUAAAAAACCCGAAAGAGGAAUAACGUAUCUCAUAAGACGUGGAUUUUUGGAAAACAGCCCUCAGGGAGUUGCCAGAUUUCUCAUCAGCAGAAAAGGCCUCUCAAAACAAAUGAUUGGGGAGUAUCUUGGCAAUCUCCAGAAUACUUUCAACAUGGCAGUCUUGGAGUGCUUCUCCCACGAAUUAGAUCUUGCUGGAAUGCAGGUGGACGUGGCUUUGAGAAAAUUCCAGGCAUAUUUUCGAAUGCCAGGGGAAGCGCAGAAAAUUGAACGUCUGAUGGAAGUAUUCAGUCAGCGAUAUUGUCACUGUAAUCCCGACGUUGUUGCUAGGCUCAGAUCACCAGACACUGUAUUCGUAUUAGCAUUCGCCAUUAUCAUGCUCAAUACAGAUCUUCACACACCAAAUCUCAAGCCCGAGAGAAGAAUGAGAGUCGAGGAUUUCAUUAAAAAUUUGCGGGGCAUUGACGAUUGUGGGGAUAUUGAUCGUGAUAUACUCAUCGGAAUUUACGAGAGGGUGAAGGCUAAUGAGUUCAAACCGGGCUCCGAUCAUGUCACACAAGUUAUGAAAGUCCAGGCUACUAUUGUUGGAAAGAAACCGAAUAUGGCACUGUCGCACAGACGACUUGUUUGCUAUUGCAGACUUUAUGAAAUACCGGAUAUUCAUAAGAAGGAGAGACCAGGAGUGCAUCAGCGCGAGGUCUUUCUUUUUAAUGAUCUUCUGGUUGUUACCAAGAUUCUUAGCAAGAAGAAGAGCAGUGUUACGUAUACCUUCAGGCAGAGUUUUCCCCUGUGUGGAAUGGUUGUCACACUCUUUGAUGUUCCACAUUACCCAUACGGUAUCAGAUUGUCUCAACGCGUCGAUGGCAAAGUACUAGUCACAUUCAAUGCUCGAAAUGAACAUGAUCGAUGCAAAUUCGCUGAGGACCUGCGAGAGUCCAUAAGUGAAAUGGAUGAGAUGGAAACUCUUCGCAUUGAGACGGAAUUGGAGAGACAGAAAAGUAGCAGGGGUGCUCGUGGAGGAUCUGAGAAUAGAGAUUCAGGGGUAGCUGAUGUUGAAGUGUGCCCGUGCCCUGGCCCUUGCUCUGAGAGAACAGAAGUCGCUGAUUUGGAUCCACAGCUAAAGAGAUCUGCUCUUAGUAACUCUCUGCUCGAUAUUCACGAACAAUUUGCUGGGGAAAAGCCACAGAGACGAGGAAGUGUUGGCUCACUGGACAGUGGUAUGUCAAUUUCAUUUCAAUCAACUUCAGCGAGUUCGAUGAGCCAGGGAGUUAAGCAUUCUGGACAAAUUCAUCCUGUACAUCCAGGUGCUACGAUCCCCGGUGGUGGUAAAGGAAUCGUACAGCAGCCAUCUUUUCUAGGAGGCCUAUUCGCUAAACGUGAACGAAAAUUAUCCCAAACCGAGGAGUCAACACCGUACAGUCGUACCACCGAGGUCUAGAAUUCUACGUACAUCACUGAGAGAAACAUCACACGACGGAGGAUGAUAAAUUUAUAUUACGAGAUUUAUUCGGUAAGCUCUAAGACAGACAUCCGCUAUUCGUUUUUCUCAAUUAUUUUAUAUUGAUCAUGCGUUAAUAACAAAUAGGAGUGAAGCUAAUUAUUGUAAUUGGGCAGGAUCCGAUUAUGUAGGAGAUAAAUCUGCAUUCCUUUCGUCUUUCUUUUUAUUAUUAUUCUCUUUUCGCAGGCACGGUUAUAGUAUUUAUUGGCCUAACUGGGGUCCGGCUCUUUUAUAAUGUUAUUUAUAAAGUAAAGUGAACAGGCAAAUGAAGAAAUUUCUAGUUAUUCUUGAUUGGUUUUGUAAAUAUUUUCAUUCAGGGAGUAACUGAUUUUAUUUGUAUUCAUUGCAACCUAGAUUUUAUCUUCGGUAAUGAUGAAUUUUUAAUUGUAAUCAAUUGUACUGAUGAUGUAAUCUCAGAGUAUGGCCCAUUAGAAUUGUAUUAAAAUGAAAAAGCAUUAUGUAAAUAUACCUGAGUAUUUGUAAUACGAGGUAGUUAAAGUUGACCAUUAAAACACGAGAGAAAUUAACGUAGUUUAAUGAAAAUGAAUAAUUUAUAUAAAUAAUCAUUGAAAUGACGAGAAAAUUUACAUUUAUGGAGAAUAUGAAGUAAACGGUUGGGAUUUAUUUGAAAAAUAUAAGCAAUUGAUGGUUUUUCAUCGACUCAACGUCUCAAAUGUCCCUAGAAUAAAUUUCAACCGUCCAAAACCUUGAACUCUAGUCUAUCUUGUCAAUAUAGCCUCACAUUUUGUUUUCUGUAGAAUUUAAGUUUAAGAGUAUCUUCUGUAAAAUAUUGAGAAAAAUGCAUAACUAAAAAUAUUGAAGGCAUUCACGAGACUAAAUUUCGUAUCGCUUGUGUAAACUUUGUCUCAAACAAACUCAGUAAUUAACAGAUAAUGAUCGCGUCAACUUGUUGGAAAUAUUGGGAAGUGCAUGGGGGAGGUUUGAAGUAGAAAUUUUCCGCGGAAUAAUUAUUACAAUGCUGUGAUAACAUCGUGAUUGAAGACUGAUCGAAACACCACGGAGAGUCUAGAUAGCACAUGUUCUCAUAGAAACUUUAUGUUUAACACAUAUUCAAAUUGAUAAAAAAGAAACCUGAGUGUCAGAAAUACUAGACUUUUAGACUCAAAAACAUCGAAUUUAUCAAUUAAUCAGGAAAAUCGAUCGUGAAUAAUAUCAACAUAUUGAUACAGCUCACAAUAAUCCAUUAACAAUGUAUGCAUGAUGAGGUUAACUCAUGCAAAGAGACAAUUUGACGCGAUCGCCUAAUAAAUCCAUCUAAUCAUUGUUUCCAAAAUGUGUUUUGUGUUAAUUCCAAUGGAAAAUUCAUAAUGGUAAACAAUAAUAAUAUUGUCAAAUGAGAAUAAAACAAAUGUGUGUUCCAAGAGAUAAACGACUUAUCAUACGUAAAUAUACAUCACGUAAACUCUCGUUAAAGUCUGAUAUUAUGAGACCUUAUUUCAAUAAAGUGAAAUUCUGUCAUAUCAUUGCGAAAUACAAAUUAACAAUAAUCUGAGCAUUAAUGAUGAGAGUGAUACAUACAUUGAUGCUUGGUCAACCUGUCGCAAUAUCGAUUUCAGCAAUGAAAACGUGACAAUAUAACAGUAGAAAAUAAUCGAAAUGGGAUAAAAGAUAAAAAAAAAUGAAUCUCGUGUAUUAUAGUUGAAAUUGUACAUAUUAUCGAAUUGGAAUAAAUAUUAAACUAUGAAUAAUGAAUUGCGCGAAUGAUAGUAGGUGGUUGUAAAAUUCAUAAUCGUGAUUUAUUAUUCGUUAUAUGUACUGUGUAACUCCUAUUAAUUUAUGGAGAUGAAGAAAUAAAAGAUAAACCCAUAAUUCACAA